AUGGCUGCAGCUUGGGUCCUGGUGUUGGCGACUGUGAUGCUGGACUUGGCCAGAGCAGGCCCUGUCCCCAUGUCCAAGCCCACCACAACCGGGAAGGGCUGCCACAUGGGCCGGUUCCAAUCUCUGUUGCCAAGGGAGCUGGAGGGCUUCAAGAAAGCCAAGGAUGCCUUAGAAGAGUCGCUCUCGCUGAAGAACUGGAGCUGCAGCUCUCACCGCUUCCCCAGGACCCGGGACCUGAGGCAGUGGCAGAUGUGGGAGCGCCCUGUGGCCUUGGAGGCAGAGUUAGACCUGAUGCUGAAGGUCCUGGGUGCUGUGGUAGACUCGUCCUCGGGGGUCAUCCUGGACCAGCCGCUGCACACGCUGCGCCACAUCCACUCCGAGCUUCAGGCUUGCAUCCCGGCUCGGCCCACAGCAGAAUCCCAGCCGGGCCGCCUCCACCACUGGCUGUGCCGGCUCCAGGAGGCCACAAAGCAGGAGUCCCAAGGCUGUCUCGAGGCCUCUCUCACAUUCAACCUCUUCUGCCUCCUCAUAAGGGAUCUGAGAAUUGUUGCCAGUGGAGACCUGCAUAUCUGAAAACCUGGACCCAGACCUUACUUAUGCACUAAGCCCCAACCCUGCCUUAA